AUGUCAGGCCUCCUCGAGCACAAACUCCGGAUCAAGGAAUGGGAGCGCGGAUUUGCAGCCAAGCACGGCCGGGUUCCGUCAAAGGCUGACGUCAAGGCAGACGUGGAAAUAUGGAAGGCGUACAAGGCGUACAAUGAGAUGAAAAAAGCUUCUCGGCCAGCCAAAAGAGAACCAGACCACCCUUCAAAAAAUCCUGAGGGCCAGCGGCUCAAAGAGCAAGACUCUGGCAGUCAAAACACCGAGAACGGCUUCGAGCGCGUUAUGCCCGUGCAAAACGCAGAGUUGGGCCCCACCCCGCAGGCAAACGGGAAGGUGCUCUCUAUCUUCGACUUGAUUUUGAGUCCCCCAGAAUCCUCGCUUGUCAAGCAAGUCCAGGGAAAACCAGGCCUGUUCUUGCCCCUGUCCAGUCUCGGCCCAACCAGCCCGUUCAAAACACCCACGAAAUCGGCGAGACCCAUACACUUUGGCGACGUGACGCCGUCGCGUGGGCCCAGCGUGGCGGAAAAACUACGCAUGGUCUCGUCGCCGGCAAAACUGGCGCAAACCCCGACGCUGCUAGCCAGACACGAUGUCAUCGAGACGCCGCGGUACCUCGGCAAGGUCAACAGCAAGUUCUCAUUCGCCAGUCAGCAUUCUCCGUUUCAGGCUUCCCCCAGCAAGCAGCACAUCUUCCAAACACCCACCAAACCCACGCCCAUCGAAAACUUUCAGGUUUCGCCGUCGCCAUUGAAGUCCCAAAGACUACUCCUGAGUAGGCUCUCGGAUAUUUACAACGCGCAUCAGAAAUUGGCCAUGGACGAGGAGUACGCGGCCCAAAGAAAAGAAUUCGAGAAGGAGUUCGAGGUGGACCAGCCGGAGCCCCAAGGCCAGGCGCCCAGCUCGGAGAACAUCAAGGACAUGCGCAAACGGAAGAAAGCCACCACCCAAAAACGAACCACGCGCAGGUGGAAAAUCAAGCCACGGACCGAGGACGGCCAGAAUGAGGCUUUUGACGGCAAGGAUGUGCACGAGGAAAUAAAGAAGCUCGAGACUCAGGAACGGCUGGAGUUGGCCCAAUACAUCGACGGCGAAGUCUCUGCCGAAGAGGCUUCCGACGAAGAAGAAGAAGUGGUGGUACGCAAGAAGCCAGCCAGUACCAAAAUCAAUCCGGUGAGCAACAAUUUCCAGCGGUUGAAGAUCAACGACCCGAGAGCCAAGAAGUUCAAGCAAAGAAUGCGGAGACGGUGA